AUGGAGGAUACUGCAACACCACUCCCGACCUUAACAAAGUUAAUUCAGAAUCCAGCAUUGAAUUGGGAUUUCGAGCUUGACACAUUUCAGAAACGUGCAAUCCUUUGUCUUGAAAACAACAAAACAGUGUUUGUCUCAGCACAUACAUCUUCCGGUAAAACGGUGAUUGCAGAAUACGCCUGCGCUAUUUGUUUACGUCGUGGUUCACGUGUCAUCUAUACGAGUCCAGUUAAAGCACUUUCCAAUCAGAAAUUUCAUGAUUUUAGGGAAAGAUUUGGUGAGAAUGUAGGACUAAUUACUGGGGAUAUCAAACUAGCUCAAGAAGCAUCAUUGCUUGUCAUGACCACUGAAAUAUUAUAUAAUAUGUUGUGUAAUGCAUCUGAGAUUAUCAAAAAUCUUGAAAUUGUAAUCUUGGACGAGGUAAGCUAUUGCUUAUCAUUUACUUACCAAGGUUGUUUAAUAAAACUAUUUUGUCAUAAUUAUGUUCUUUUAUUAAAUUACAUAUCUGUGAAAAAUUCGGGCUAGACUAUUGUAGAUGAUUGUCGAAAUUUCUACAUUUCGUACCACAAGACAUUUAAUUGUGAUAAGUUUAUUUGGUUUUAGCUCAAAUACCUUCCAAAACAGAUUAGUAUUUCAACUAAAACAAACGUCAUGGGCCCAUAUUCUUGAAAUUGUUAUCACGGUUAUGAUUAUUUUAUUACAUUCUGUUGACUAAAAAUUGCUAUAAAGGUAUUAUUUUACGUUAGAAUAAAUUUUAUUGCAAUAAACUGAUCACUGCAAUUCAUCGAAAUCACAAACCAAGUAAAGUUAAACAACCACUGAAAACUCGAAAGUAUCGGACAGCCGUCCCAUCCUAGUGUGAGACACCCCGGAAGUUCACAUCCACGACCCUGCAACAGGGAGUCGAACCUAGGACCUUCAGUCUCGCGUGCAAACUUCUAACCGCUAGACCACUGGGUCUAAUAUCAAUCGAUUUACGUUAUUGCGCGAUUAUCUUCUCUAAAGUUUAACAAUAUCCAUACAUCCAUACUGAUAGUUAUCAUGUGCUCACUAGUGACUAGAUUUGAGAGGAAAUUCCUAGAAUUCUAUCAUUGAUGAGUAUGAUUUGAUAAAACACAUGUUCACCGAUUUAUGUGUCCCUGGUCGAAACUUUAUGUUUACAUUCGUACUUGUAGUUGUUUAAUUGUUGUUGAGAUUUUUACUUAAAGUUUCACACAAAUUUAAUAUUUUACUUCUGAAAUUUAAUUUUUCCAGGUUAUGUUCACUCUUUCUUCAGUGAAGAAAUGGUUCAUUAGCUAACAAAUUAUGUUCUACAUUUGUCUAGUUUAUCUGUUUACUUAAUCAGCGAUCACUGGAUUAAUAAAC